AUGGUCAACGGCCACACUAUUCGACAUACCUUGUCCGAAAACUCAGGUCUGACAGAGUUGGAAGCAUGUGCCUUGCAGGCAGCAAAUGGAGUCCCUCGGAGAGACUCUGAGAUGAGCUCAGAGCUCAGGGACAUCCUAGUGUUACUGCCCACCUGGGAACAACUGCGGCUGUCAGUGGAGGUCACAGCCACAGGACAAGAGCUCUUCCAGCAGGUGUGUGACAUGGCACAUAUUCGAGAAGCCCACUUUUUUGGCCUCAGCAUAAUCAGAAACAAUGAGUAUGUGUUCCUGGAUUUGAAGCGAAAACUCAGUAAAUACUUCUCUCGGGACUGGAAGACGGAAAUGCACAAAAGGGAUAAGGUAUCCAGGGCGCCCUUCAUCACCUUCUUCAGAGUGCAGUUCUAUGUGGAAAACGGGAGGGCGAUCAGUGACAAGACGGCCCGGUACCUCUACUACUGCCACCUGAAGGAGCAGGUACUGAGGUCCAGGUGCAUGCACAGGGAGGAGGCCUACUUUCUGCUGGCUGCCUGUGGGUUACAGGCUGACCUGGGAAACCACCAGGAGUCGGUCCAUGUGGGCAAGUACUUCGAGCCACACGCCUACUUCCCACAGUGGAUUAUCAACAACAGGGGAGCUGAUUACAUCCUCAGGCAUGUGCCUGCCAUGCACCGUGAACAGCGGGGCCUGAGUCCCAAGGAGGCCACACUACGCUUCAUCAGGGAUGCCUGCCGACUUGAGGAUGUUCCUGUCCACUUCUUCAGGCUGUACAAGGAAAAGAAGGAAGACCACCCUUCCAUCCUCCUGGGACUCACUCUGAAAGGAGUGCACAUCUAUCGGGGGAAGAAGCUGGAAAUCCAGCCAGAAGGGCUGUGGGCAACACAGAAGCUGCUGUUCUACACGGGCUCUGCCUGGCGCUCCCGGUACCUGCUGCAACUGCUUCGCACCACCCACCAGCUCCACCUCAGCUUGCAGCCCGUGCUGCAGUGGUUACAACAGCUGGAGGAGGCAGAAGAGAAGAAAGGCUACCGGGAAUCCUACAUCAGUGACCCCCUGGAGCUGGACCUGGACCCACACAGCAGGAAAUGCCUGGGCGAUGAGGACGACAGGGACAGCAGACAUUCCCUCCUCUCACUGCGCUCCAGAAGCCAUGGCAGCUCCCACACAGCGAGCAUCAAGCCCAACUUCCAGCACAGGGAGUGUGAGGUGUCUGUGGAUGAGCCCACAGGGACCGAGAGGCUCUGUGGGAAGACGCCAUCCAGUAGUUCCUGGAGCAGCUUCAGCAGCCAGGACACCUGCGCCAACAGCAGAGGCUAUGGGGGCUCCCUCCACCUGGCCAUGACGGUGUUGCCAGGCACCGGUGUAGGGCUGUUUGGGGGUCUCCUCCACUUCCUCACCAUAGGCAAAGAGGUACAGGGGCCAUUAUCAUGGGCUCUGGGAGACCUGGAGUGUGGUGGUUAUCUACCCGUGGAGUUCUCGGGACUUUUCCUGCCCAGGGUCUAA